CAGAACACCAAACCACGCCCGCGCACAGCCAUCAUGCCUCCACCCGGCAUCAACACGGAUGGGGUGUCUGCGGGAGCGAUCCGGUCCUUCCUGCAGGGCCUUGAGACGGCGUUUCCAGAGAAGCACAAGGACAUGACAACGCAGGAGGCGUGCGUGGAGUUUGUUGUGCCACAAACAGAGGAGAAGCAGUGCGCGUACAUUGACGUGAUGCGGGAUCAAAACGGCAGUGAUGACGUGCGCCCUGCAACCGUGUUUGUGUCGCAUGCGUGGCGCUACAAGAUCGUGGAUGUCCUCACCACGCUGCUGGAGUUUGCCGAGGAGGAGGAGAGCAAGCAUGGCCGCAAGACCCACUUCUGGUUCGAUCUCUUCAUGAACAACCAGCAUCAAAACGUCACCGCCAACCUCCCCCAAGAGUGGUGGAGCACGACGUUCAAGGAUUCGAUCGCAUCCAUCGGCAAAGUGCUGCUGGUGCUGACGCCUUGGAACAACCCCGUGCCGCUGACGCGCGCGUGGUGCCUGUGGGAAAUCUUCUGCAGCAUCAGCCAGCCCGAGGUGGAGCUGGAGAUCAGGCUGCCAAAGGGGGAGCGUGGCCAGCUCCGACAGGCGCUGGCACAGAACUUUGACGUGGUCACCGAUGCCUUGGUGGACGUGCAGGCAGAGAAAGCAGAGGCCUGGAAAGCCGAGGACAGGGACAUGAUCUUCGGGGCCAUCCGCGCCAGCGUCGGCUUUCCUGCGCUCGACGAGGCCGUCAAGAACCAGAUGCGACAGUGGUGCUUGCAGGCAGCGCUGUCCUUCGUCGACGAGCUUGAGCAGUCGGGCGAGACGGAGACGCAGCUGUACGGCCUGCUGUGCGGACAGGUGGGGGCGGUGCUGGAUCAGUUUGGAGAGCACGAGCGGGCCAUUGAGCUGCACAUGAAGGACCUCGGCGUGGCGCUGGCCCAUGGCCACGAGCACAGCCAGGACACGGGCGUGACAUACGUGAACCUGAGCGAGGCGCACCGCAGCAACGGCGACUACGAGCAGGCUGCGGAGUGCGGCGCAAAGGCGCUGGCCAUCUUCCGCGCCACCGUCGGCGACGAGCAUCCGCUGACGGCCAAGGCGUACGCCAACAUCGGCAGCGCAGCCGCGGAGGCCGGGGACGCGGAAACAGGCGUCACGUGCUGCCAGCGGGCCGUGGACAUCUUGGUGGGCACACUGGGCGAGGACCACCGCGACACGGCGUGUGCACUGCAGACGCUCGGGUUUGCGCACGACAACAACGGCGACACGAGCAAGGCGGUGGCGCUGUAUGAGCGGGCGAUUCGGGCGGGCUGCCGGGCGCUGGGGGAGGAGCACCCGCUGGUGGCGCAGUCGUACAACAGCCUGGGAACGGUGCUGCUGGAGGGCAAGCAGUACGCCGAUGCGAUCGAGUGCUUCAACAAGGCGCUGGCCAUCUUCCUGGUGACGGUUGGGGAGGAGCACCCGAGCACGGCCAUGGCGGUGGGAAACCUCGGCAACGCAUACGAUGAGAGGGGCGACUUUGCCCGCGCCGUUGAGUAUUACGAGCGCGAUCUCGCCAUCAAGCGCGCUGUGCUCGGCGACGCGCACCCGGACAUUGGGCUGGCGCUGGCGAACUUGGGCACGACGCUGGUGAAGCAGGGCCACGGCGCACGAGGCGUCGGCAUGGUGGAGGAGGCGGUGGCAGUGUUCAUGGGCACGCUGGGACCCGAACACCCGUUCACGGUGGCAACAGAGCGCAACUUGGGCAUCGCUCGCGGGUGCGCAGCCCGGAUUGCGGCAGAGCAGGGCGGCGACGGGCUGGGGGUCGGCAUUGGCAAGUUUGGCGGCGUGGUGCGUAUGGGGGGAUGGCUGAAGAAGAGGGGUGGGCGGCACAAAGGGUUUCGCACUCGCUUCUUCAGGCUGACGGACACGGCGCUGACGUACUGCAAGUCGAGCCGCGAUGGCGACAUUCCACGCGGGCACAUUCCCCUUGAACACAUCACUGCUGUUGAUGUGGAGGGGCGGGACCUGCGCGUUUCAGUGCCGGGUCGCAUCUACAUUAUGCAAUGCGUGGAGGGGAAGAGUUCGCUGACACUGGAGGACUGGUCCCAUGCCAUCACCACCGCCAUGGAAGAAGCAAAGUAAAACGACACCGACUGCAGUGGUGUGAUUUGUGUGUGUCUGUGUGUAUGUCUGUGUGUUUGUCUGUCUGUGUGUGUGUGUGUG